AUGGCAAAAGACGAUCCAAAUAAGCCACCAACUGUACCCAAGGGUUGGUUAGCCAAAUUCGACGACAAGUAUGGCACUUGGUUUUACGUUGAUCUCGCAACAAAGAAAUCUCAAUGGGAAGCUCCAAAAGGAACCACCUUUGACACAGACAGUGCAGCAGAUAUUCCACCACCAGCCUACAGUCCGGUUGCUUCUAAAGCGGGCACUGCUUCUCCUGCAUCUUCUUCGCAAUCGAGACCACAGGUGGCCUCUUCUUCACAACAGAACCAGAAUAACGAGAGCAACAACAGCAAUAAAAAAGGAUUCUUCAGUCGCCACAAUAAUAACAAUCAACAACCCCAACAAGCUGGAUUUGGUGGGGGAUUCCCUCCACAACAAGGUUACGGAGGCGGCUAUCCACCUCAAGGUUAUGGGGGCGGCUACCCACCUCAGCCUGGCUAUGGUGGUUAUCCACCUCAACCUGGUGGAUAUGGUGGAUACCCUCCCCAACAGUAUCCUCAACAAUACCCUCAACAACAGCGUAGUAGAUUUGGCGGUGGUGCGGGCAACAUGGCCAUGGGUGUUGGUGGAGGUUUACUAGGUGGUAUGCUUUUGGGAAACAUGAUGAGUGAUCAUAACGACUACGAAGCUUACCAGGAUGGUUAUGGGGAUGGAUACCAAGACGGUGACUAUGGUGGAGGAGACUUUGGCGGUGGCGAUUUCGGCGGUGGAGAUUUCUAA